UUUACAAUUGUACUCAAUCCACAUCAUACUAUCAGGUAUCAGCAGCUACACAUGCUGGAAAUAGAAUAAAUACAUAUUACAUUUAUUAAUCCAAAAAAUAUACCUGCAAUUCAGUAUCCCGUCGCAGUAUAUCUGGUUUUAUAAUUAUAAUUCAUUUUUGACAGUUACAAACUGUUAUGUAGGCUUUUUUGAUCAGUAAUUUCCUCGGUUUCCUUCUGAGAAUUCAUCCCAUAUUUAUCACUGGUCACAGAUUCUGUCGCCCGAACCUGAAAUGGGUGUAUGACUCUGUGCAUCUCGUCCAAUCAGCGUGCUUCGCACUAAACUUCCAUCCAAUCAGCGAAGCACGUACAACUUUCGCGACUCUUUAGAGAAAAUUCCUUGCGUUUAUUCCUUUAUUUUGAUCUAUGAGCUGUAGGUGGUGAAGUCUCGAUGGGGACACUUUUUUAUGCUAAUCUUUGCCUUUACAAACUGCAGCGCUUUUGUCAAAGCUCAGGUUUAUAAAAAGGCUAAGGAUGGCAAAAGCAUUUAUCUCUCAGUGAGGAGCCCACAGCAGCCGUUUCCGAAGAGCUUUCGAGAUUACUGCCCUCUGACAUGAGUUGUCUGGAUGUUAUGUAUCAUCAAAAUUAUGGAGCUCAUCAUUACCUGCCAGCGACACCGGCGGCGGCAGCAGCCUAUAAAGCGGCAUACUACCAUCACCACCACCGCCAACAGCAGGAGAAGAAGUUUACUGCCUACAGCAGGAUGCAGGACUGCACCAGCUUGUCUCCACACGGUGGCCAAGUCAAGCCAGCUGAGAAGCCCAGGACUGAGUCCAAGAUGCGGAGAGAGGAGGAGCAGGGUGAGGUUGCGGAGGCCAGGUGUAAGGAGACACAGCCUGCUGAGGCAGAGUACCUGAGCUCCAGAUGUGUGCUUUUCACGUAUUUCCAUGGGGACAUCGGGGACGUGGUGGAUGAGCACUUUUCCCGUGCCCUCAGCCAACCAAGUGCCUUCACCAACGAUCCCAAGGGCAACAGAAUCUCCUCUGGAGCUCUGUGGAAAGAUGUGGGCUCGCUCCCGGAGGGUCAGUGUAGCUCGCUGCCCUGCUCUCUGUGGAGCAGCAGUUACCCGUCUCAGACCAGCCCGUGCGUCUCCACUGGUCACAGCGACUUUUCCCACACCGCUGCCUUCCACACUGCAGACACUGGCGUCUGGAGCGGCCCCAGCCUUGCCCAGCCUGGCCUCCCUCCUCCAUCAGCCCUGCCUGACUCCUGGCCCUACAGCCUAGGCAGCCAGGGUGGAGCUGGUUACCCUCAUGUCCAUGAGAUGUACCCUCACAUGCACCCCCGCCAGCCCCAUCCCCACACCCACGCGAUGCUCCAUCACACCCACAGCGCCACCCUGGAUCCACGUUUCAACCCCCUCCUGCUUCCCAGCAUGCGGCCAUCCUGUAGCCCUUCCGCCAGUGCAGAGGGGGUGAAGACAGAGCUGGAACCCAGUGGCUGUGCAGCUCCCAGCUGGCCAGCAGCAUUUCAUGGGACUGUGGAUAUCUAUGACACAGCACUGGAUCAGGACAAAGCCAAAGCCAGUGUCUGGUUCUGAAAUGGAGAAUAUCUGCUGCUGACACACAGCCUUGAAGCAGAUCACCUGUGACAUAAGAGAAAAGAUGGCCCAGAGUCCCACUGUGGAAUCUCUCCCUGGAAAGCUUUCAGAUUUCCUAGGAAGCGACUCAGGAAUGGAAACUUUGUCUCCACGAAUGAGACGAGCACAAAAAUGAAUUUUGAGAGAAGCAGCCUUUCUGUAAAAGCAAAGUGUCCUGUUUGGAUCAUUGUGUCUGGGCAGUGCACGUGGAGAGAGAGUCGUUAAUGAACUCAUCUGGCACACUCAUCCACCUGGUCUCUCAAAGAGCACUCUCAGAGGAUCGACAAUGAAGGAAGCCACUUAAAUAUAUCAGAGUCUAAGAGGUAUAUUUUCCUACUUUUUGUAAACCACAUUGAACUUUUCUUAUUUAGUGGCUGAUGUUCAAAAGCUUCUAUGUACUUUUAUGUACCUACCACUGGUUCUGUUGAAUGGACUGCCUGUUUUGGUACAUUUAAGGGCCGUCCUCUGUUUAUAUGGUUAUAAAUGUUCGAAUGUUUGAGUAGCAGCCUUAUUCAAAUAGAAGCUUUUAUUUACUUUAAUAUAUUUUGUCUUGUGAUCUACAGAUUUGUGAAUUUUGUGAGUAGUUCGUGCAAACUGUUUCUACCAAAGUGUAAAUUAAUUGUUUUGUUAUAUUGUUUGCUGUUUGAUAAAAUGCAAUUGCUUUCAGUGCUAAAAUAAAUUGCUAAGUUUUAUUGGCAAA